CCUCCGCAUACUUUCCACCACCUGCAGGCGCUCAGAGCUGCAGAUCAAGCGUGUGAAAGGAACGAAGCAAGAGAGUGAGAGGAAGAGUGCUGACUUGAUGACACUUUAUUUGACUGACCCUUUCUUACCUACUACUGCUGCUGCUCUCCUCCUCCCCAAGUGUUGUACACAAUGGAGGAAGAGAGCUUCAUGGACGUGUUGCGGACCGGAGAGGAAGAGGACUACUUGCUCUCUCGCUACUCCUCUCUCUCUCCGACAGGGAUGCUUUGUUUUGGCGAGGAGGAAGACGCAGUUUCAGCACUCCGUAGGGCUCCUCGCAAAGCAAACGACUCUUCUCCACCUCCCACCACCAUCGAUAUAUCCAAAUCUCCGAUCAAGAAGGUGGGAAGCAGCUGCGGUGGAAGAGGGAGGAGGCGGAGAAGCGGUGUGACUGCAAGUGCUACUCCUGCCACCAUCACGGCGAGGAAGGAGAAGGUGGGGGAAAGAAUCAUGGCCCUGCAGCGGCUGGUCUCCCCCUUCGGCAAGUCUGAUACGGCCUCCGUUCUGCAUGAAGCUCUGGAAUACAUCCGAUUCCUGCACGAACAAGUCCAGGUUCUGAGCUCUCCUUACCUGCGAAGCCUGCCAUCCUCCGCUGACUUGCAUGACGGGAGAGGGAGCGCAGACCUGAGGAGCCGGGGGCUGUGCCUGGUUCCGGUCGCGUGCACGGAGGACGUGACGAGAAGCAACGGCGCCGAUCUCUGGUCCCCCGCCACGGGAAGUGGCAGCAGAGGCUCCUCCUCCUCUUCCUCCAAGCACUAAGCGGCAGCCUUUUGCGUCUUGAGCGGCUCUCCUGAUAUGUUUUUGAUUGAUCCUUAGGCUGACAGUAGCAGCAGAAAAGGUUGUGUUUCUGUAACAGAGGUUAAGUAGCAGAUAAGAAGCGUAAAAGGAGUUGCCGAGGAAAAAGGAAGUCAUGCAAUACAUCAAUGUUCUGUUGAGAUGUCAAUGAAUUCAAAUAUCAGAAACAUAUCUUUAGAAUGA